UGUAGCAUCCGCAGCACAUAUCCUCCACUUUUCCCCGGCUUCUAUCUGAACAAAACCCUGCAACUCGUCAUGGCCUCCAGCAUGUCAGUGAGGAGCUUCUCUAUGGGCCGUCAGCCUUCCUUUUCCAGUCGCUCUCUGAUGGAUACUGGCCGUGCUCGCUCCCGUGCUUCUGUGUCUUUCGCUGCAGCCAGCCCUCUGAGCCGCUCUGCCUCUAUCGGCCAGGAUCUCAACGGGCCGAUCAGCCUGCAGCUUAAUGGCGUACACGGCAACAGCAACAACGACAAGGAAGCCAUGCAGAGUCUCAACAACCGUCUGGCUAACUACCUGGACAAGGUCCGUUCCCUGGAGCACUCCAAUGCAGAUCUGGAGACAAAGAUCAAGCAGAUGAUGCUGGACCGCAUCCCCAAAGGUCAUGACCUUGAUUCCAUGAUGGCCCAAGCUCAUGCUGUUGAGCAGGAGGUGAGGAAGAGGACCUUGGAGAAUGCACGUCUAAUGUUAGAGAUCGAUAAUGCUAAACUGGCUGCAGAUGACUUCAGAAUCAAGUGGGAGACUGAGCUGGUGAUGUGUCAGUCUGUGGAGCGAGACUGUGUUGCUCUGAAAAAGGCCAAGACUGACCACGAGCAGAUCAUCGCCUCUCUAAGAGGAGAUCUGGACAGCCUGAAAGAAGAGCUGUACUUCCUCAAGAAAAACCACGAAGAAGAACUGGAGCAGAUGAAGUCCCGUAUUGCCAGAGAUGAAGUGAAUGUGGAGGUCGACUCAGCCAGCGGGCCUGAGCUCGGCACCAUUCUGUCUGGCCUGCGCUCCCAGUAUGAGGGGAUUGUCAAGAAGAACAAGGACCAAACGGAGCAGUGGUACCUCAAGAAGCUGGAGACGGUGCAGAACGAGGUGAAGGAGAGCAACGAGGCCCUGAGAGGAGCCCAAGGCGAGCUGAUGGAGAGGCAGCGCUUCCUGCAGAACCUGGAAGUGGAGCUUGAGAGUCUGCACAAACAGAUAGCAGCACUGGAAGGUAACCUGGGUGAGACAGGUCAGAAGUACUCGAGUGAGAUGGAGCGGCUGCAGGCCACUCUGAGCCAGCAUGAGGACGACCUCUCCCAGCUCAGGCUGGACAUGCAGCGCACCAAGACCGACUAUGAGCAGCUCCUCCGCAUCAAACAGAACCUGGAGAUGGAGAUCGCUACCUACAGGCGCCUCCUGGAGGGAGAGGAGACUAUCAAGGAAGUCCCUCCGCCACCAAAAAGGGAGCCUGACGUUCGCACCAGGAAAAUUGUGAAGGUGGUGACUCAGACGAUGAUCAAUGGCAAAGUGGUAGACGAGUCCAGCGAGGUGGAACAGAUCGAAGAGACCAAGAAAUAAAAAAAGAGGAGAGAGGAUACAAGUAAAAAGAAUAAAUAAAGAUAACAAAAAGAGAGCGGGAGACAUGUUUCUGAAUAUUUUAAAAGAGCUGCAAGAAAAGAGGGAAUUUUUGGGGGUAUUGCUCGACAACAAAUGUUUUUUUUUUUUUUUCGAUAAUGGUUUUUCCAAAGUUGACUUGUCAGUGACACUGAUGAAAAUGCCACAAUAUAUCCAGUACUGCUGUAGUUAUGCAUGCUAUACCAUUUUAGAAUAUAAGUGCUUUUUUGUUUCUGUGAGAGCAACCAACUAACCAUGUUCACGCUGUUUUACUAAAACCUGAUGUGUACUUUAACGGGAUAUUUAUUACUUAGUGUGGACGUGUUUACUUUAGUAGAAAUACAUUCCUUUCCUGCUUUGACAAGACUAUCAUUCAAAUGUUUUUAUGUUUGUAUUCAGUCUAAAUAAAGUUGUAAUCCAUGUCA